UUUUUUUUUUUGAUAUUCAUUCACCGUCACUACCAACAACAGUGUCGAAGAACACUGAGUUCACUCUGUAUUUAACUGCUCCUCUGCUUUGCUCUUCUUUCUUAGUAUAACUCUCCAAACUCUUCACUUAUUCUACGGUUCCGUUCUUACAGCUUUGGAGCUUAAGAGGAAAAGAGGUGUUUGUGGCCCCACACAAUGUCAGAUCUUGAAGUACCCCUUCGCCCAAAGAGGAAGAAGGGCUUGGUGGACUUUUUGGUCCAGUUUCGAUGUAUUUUUGUUAUUUUUGUUGUCCUUCCUAUUUCAUGUGCCUAUUAUUUUCUCAUAUAUCUUGGAGAUGUCAGAUCCGAGAUGAAGUCCUUCGAGCAGCGCCAGAAGGAACAUGAUGAAAAUGUUAAGAAAGUAGUGAAGCGUCUCAAGCAGAGGAAUCCAAAAAAGGAUGGUCUUGUGUGCACAGCCCGUAAACCAUGGAUUGCUGUUGGAAUGCGGAAUGUAGACUAUAAGAGGGCUCGCCAUUUUGAAGUUGAUUUGUCUGCUUUCCGUAAUAUCCUCGAAAUUGAUAAAGAGAGAAUGAUUGCAAGGGUUGAGCCUCUUGUAAACAUGGGGCAGAUCACACGGGUCACAGUCCCAAUGAAUCUUUCCCUUGCUGUGGUUGCAGAGCUUGAUGAUCUCACAGUUGGUGGUCUAAUCAAUGGCUACGGGAUUGAAGGAAGCUCCCACAUCUAUGGCCUGUUUUCUGAUACUGUUGUAGCUUAUGAGAUAGUUCUGGCUGAUGGCCGUGUUGUUAGAGCUACCAAGGACAAUGAAUAUUCUGAUCUCUUCUAUACUAUCCCAUGGUCUCAAGGAACCCUUGGAUUUCUUGUUGCUGCUGAAAUCAAACUUAUUCCCAUUAAAGAAUACAUGAGGCUGACGUACACACCAGUAGUGGGGAAUCUGAAGGAGCUUGCACAGGGUUAUAUGGACUCUUUUACACCCAGAGAUUGUGAUCAAGAUAAUCCAGAGAAAGUUCCAGAGUUUGUAGAAGGCAUGAUUUACUCGCCCGCUGAAGGUGUCUUCAUGACUGGGAGAUAUGCCUCUAAAGAAGAGGCCAAGAAGAAGGGGAAUAAAAUUAACAGUGUUGGUUGGUGGUUUAAACCCUGGUUCUACCAGCAUGCACAGACAGCUUUAAAGAAGGGAGAGUUUGUAGAAUACAUUCCUACCAGGGAGUAUUACCACAGGCACACAAGAUGUUUGUAUUGGGAGGGGAAGCUCAUCCUUCCAUUCGGAGAUCAAUGGUGGUUUAGGUUUCUCUUGGGCUGGAUGAUGCCACCCAAGGUUUCCUUGCUCAAGGCUACUCAAGGUGAAGCCAUAAGAAAUUAUUACCAUGACAUGCAUGUCAUUCAAGACAUGCUUGUUCCUCUUUACAAGGUUGGGGAUGCCCUAGAGUGGGUCCACCAAGAGAUGGAGAUCUAUCCCAUUUGGCUCUGCCCGCAUCGGCUGUUCAAGCUUCCAGUCAAGACUAUGGUGUAUCCUGAACCAGGCUUUGAGCAUCAUCGCAGACAGGGUGAUACACCUUAUGCUCAGAUGUACACAGAUGUGGGGGUGUACUAUUCUCCAGGCCCAGUGUUGAGGGGUGAGGUGUUUGAUGGUGCAGAGGCAGUUCGUAAAUUGGAGAAAUGGUUGAUUGAAAACCAUAGUUUCCAGCCACAGUAUGCAGUGUCUGAGCUGAAUGAGAAGGAUUUCUGGAGGAUGUUUGAUGCGGGUCUCUAUGAGCAUGUUAGGAGGAAGUACGGAGCUGUGGGAACAUUCAUGAGUGUCUACUACAAAUCUAAGAAAGGAAGGAAGACUGAGAAGGAGGUGCAAGAAGCUGAACAAGCCCAUCUUGAAACUGCAUAUGCGGAGGUUGAUCAGCCUAUGGACUGACUUAAGGUGAACCUGACCAACUUUGGUAGAACUUCUUGCUUUCUGUGGCGAAUCUUGCAUUGUCUUGUCUUGUUGUCUCUGUCUCUUAUCUUUGCUUAGUAGUUCCCUCAUCGAAUGCUGUUUGUACUUGACAUUAUUCGGAUGCUUUAAGCAUGACGAGUUUCUUGAAUGGUUGCCUCUCUCACGUAGACUAAGACAAUGAGGCUUCUUUUUAGAUGUGACCUUAUUAUGUUAUCCGGGUAUGUUGCACCAGAGCACCAGGUGCGGUGACCCUAACAUGUCUUCCAGCAAUCAGAAGUUUAGAUCGGAGAUAUUUUGUUUUC